AUGGACGGUUAUCAUUUUCUAGGCCUCGAUUUGAGUACACAGCAGCUUAAAGCAAUAAUUAUCGAUCAAGAUGGAAAACCCGUACACACUGAAUUUAUUCCAUUCAAUAAUUACAGCGAAAAAUAUGGGACCAAAGACGGCGUCUUAAAAAACGGACAAGUGAUAACUAGUCCAGUGAAAAUGUGGCUGGAAGCUAUUGAUGAUUUAUUUGAAGAAUUACGAAAAAAUGGAUGGUUGAAACAGUUAAAAGGAAUAUCAGGAUGUGCCCAACAACAUGGGACAGUCUAUUGGAAAAAAGAGGCGGAGCUUAUAUUGAACAAUUUGGAAUCAGAGAAAAGCCUGAGGGAACAGUUGGAGAAUUGUUUUUCUGUCGAAAACAGUCCGGUAUGGAUGGAUUCAAGCACGGAAAAACAGUGUCAGGAAAUGGAAAAUUUCGUCGGUGGAGAUAUGAAAAUGUCUGAAAUCACUGGAUCCCGAGCACAUCAUCGAUUCAGUGGAGCUCAGAUUAAAAAGAUUGUGGAGGAUGGAAAAGGCACUUGGAAAAUCACAGAGAGAGUAUUUUUGAUUUCUUCCUUUAUGACAUCUCUCCUACUCGGAAAGUACGCUCCCAUCGAUAAAACUGAUAGUAGUGGAAUGAAUCUAAUGGAUGUUCAGAAUGAGCAAUGGCAUCAACCACUUUUGAAUUUCAUCGCAUCGGAUUUAGGAGAAAAAUUAGGAGAUCCAGUAGAUUCGAUGUGUGUUUUGGGAUCUGUUAAUUCCUAUUGGACCAACAAAUACGGGAUUCCUUCCAGCUGCUUAAUUCUUCCAUUCCUAGGAGAUAAUCCGUCUUCCCUUGCCGGACUUGCCCUUCUUCCGAUUGAUAUUGGAAUAUCAAUGGGCACGAGUGAUACCGUAUUCUGCUUCUCUCCAGAAUUCAAGCCAAAUCCAGAAGCUCACGUCUUCUGUCAUUUUGCUCCGAAUUCGGGAUACAUGGCAAUGGUUUGUUUCAAAAAUGGGUCACAUACUCGAGAAAGAGCUCGUAAAUUGAAUGGAUGUCCAUGGGAAGAUUGGGAGAAAGUGAUGAAAAAGACGCCGAUUGGAAACGAUGGAUACAUUGGAUUCUUUUUUGAUGACGAUGAAAUUGUACCGAGAAAACCGAAAGGAGAUUAUACGUUCGAAAUAGAAAGUGAGGAAUUGAACAGAAAUCCAGAGAAAUUCGCUCGUGCCGUUUUCGAGAGCCAGUGCUUCUUCAAACUCUUCUACACCCAAAAAAUGGGAUUCCAAAAAUCCACGUCAUCUCGAAUCGUUGUAACUGGAGGAGGUUCUCGGAAUACGUCACUUCUUCAGAUGCUUUCCGACGUCUUCGAAAUGCCCGUUUACAGUAUUGAAGUUGAUGGAUCUGCCGCGUUGGGUGGAGCUAUGAGAGCCAGAUACUUGCUCUCCAAGACAUCUAUGUCCUAUUCCGAAUAUUAUCCAUGUGACAAUGUGGAACUUCAAUGCAAACCGAUCCCUGGAAAUUCUGAAAUUUAUCGAGUUCAAUUCGAGGCGUUCAAAAAUCGUUUGGACGCAUUCAUCAAGGAAAAUUGA